AUGUCCACCAACCGGCCAUUCCUGGCCAACUUCCUGGCCGCCUUUCGCGCCCCGGCCUACAAGGCCUCGUCGCAGACGUCGUCUUCGCUCGGAUCGGCGCAGAUCGCGCAGAGCGCCCGUGCGAUAGCCACCAAGGCGGGCUCGUCGUCUUCUCCUACUUCUUCGUCAAAUAACCAGACCUCGUCUUCAUCAUCAUCACCUUCAUCAGCGACAGCAAAUCAUCAGAACCAGUCGUCGGCCAACCAUCACCACUACCACCACCACCAUCAUCAUCACCACGCCUCCACCGAAUCGUCCGCCCUCGCCACCUCCACCUCUCAACCUCCAUCAACCUCAUCCUCCUCUGCAACCCCCAUCCCGAUAUCCCGCACCUCCGGCGCUGACCGCCAGCGGCGGGGCAGUGACUCCUCCAGCGGCUCUGGCGGCUUCCGCGAUGCCCUCGGUCCGGAGAAGUGGUAUAUCGGUGGAAGGACCCCGGCUGGCGAAGAGCGGUUUUAUCGGUUGGGUAUGGUUACCAAGGGUGGGGGGAGGCUUGGGGGGAGUGGGAGGGUUGGGAGUAUUGAUCAGUUGAGUCUGUGA